CUGAUACCACUUGUUGGGAUUGGAAAAUUCUUCUAUUCAAUAUCAAGAACAGAAUUACAAUAGGAGGAGCAAACUCUCACACUCAACUAUUACAAAAAACCAAUCCUCACCAAUACACUUCUACUCUAAGUGUAUUUCACUCUUCACACACUUUUCUCACAUUCUAAAACUGAUACUAAUGAACAAUAUGAAGCAUUCUAUUUAUAGGACUAGUUUGGAGACAAGAGGAAGUUGCAUCCAAGCUUUCAUUCACAUGGCUAGGAAGCUAUCUCCAAAUAAUUUUCAAUCAUAUGUUAAGACCUCUUUCCAAGAAGAUGUGAGAUGCCUCUUGACAACUUCUAAGAAAAAGUUGGAAACUUAUGAUAAUUUGUCUGGUCCUGUUGACAAAGAAAGAGAGACAAAGGGGUUGGGUGAAAGGGAUAAAUUAAACAAAAAGAUGUAAAAGUGAAUUUGCCAUCGAAUUGUAAGAUUUCGUAUAUAAAUCGCAUCUGUUACUAGUGUAUGGAUACAUAUCCCUAUGUUCAAUUUCACCCAUUAUUUUCCUUUGGCAAGGUGGGGCAUAAGGAAAAUCCAUUCAUCUUCUUAAAAGGACUUCGGCGCUCCAGGCCAGUCAGCCACAACCUCGAAAUAAAAGCAUUGUCGAAGAUGUCUCAAAGCCAACCAGGUGAUAUGCUGGUAAAGAAAGUCAGCAUACGAAACAGGCAUGCUGAGAAGCUUGUGGGUUUGCUGCACGAUACUGGAUCUCCAGAUAUUGCAGUUUUGUGUCAUGGCUUUCGAUCAUCCAAGAGCUUUAUGAAAAAUAUUGCUGCUGCCUUGGAGAAGGAAGGAAUUUCUGCAUUUCGCUUUGACUUUUCUGGAAACGGGGAAAGUGAAGGGGAAUUUCAUUAUGGUCACUAUCAGAAAGAGGCUGAUGAUUUGCAUUCUGUGGUUGAACACUUUAUUGGGGAGAAACGCAGGGUAGUUGCCAUUCUUGGUCACAGUAAAGGAGGCAGUGUUGUUAUUCUGUAUGCAUCCAGGUAUCAUGAUGUUGAGAAGGUGAUCAAUGUUUCUGGCCGCUAUGACCUGAGGAAGGGCAUUGCGGAGCGUUUGGGUGAAGAUUACCUGGACAGAAUCAAGAAAGAGGGGUUUCUAGAUGUGAAAAACAAAGCGGGAGAAGUGCAAUAUCGUGUUACUGAGGAAAGCUUAAUGGACCGACUUAACACUGACCUGCACAAAGCUUGUCUCCAGAUUGACAAAGGCUGCAGGGUGUUUACUAUACACGGGUCGAAUGACGACAUCAUUCCUGUGGAAGAUGCUUUUGAGUUGGAUAAGGUCAUUCAAAACCACAAAUUGCACAUAAUAGAAGGAGCCAGCCAUGAUUUCAUGGCACACCAAGAUGAUUUGAUCUCUACUGCUGUCUCCUUUAUAAAGGAAUGAAGAAGUUCAUCACCAGAACUAAAAUUACGUUAAAUAAUAAUAAUUGUAACAACAACAACAACAACAACAAUAAGGGUCUUUCAUUUGUGGCUGGUAAAACUAAUGGUCCUUCCAUUUCCUUACUGGUAUAGAUGGUAAAUUCUCACCCUUUUCGGAGGAUAGUAAAAUCAAGUUCCAUGUCUUUUUCUUUUUGGGUUAGAUGUCAAACCCGUUUCUUUAAGUUAUUGGUGUAGAAGCAGAAGCAGCCAAUCUGAUGAGGUGGUUGCACAUGAUGCAAUCAUAGAAAUAGGCUCCAUAUUUGUGAGAUUGAUGCAUCUUGUGGCAUGUUUCGUAGAUUUUUCAGAUGAUAAAUAUAAACUCUGUCCAGAAUUCAGAACAUAUGUGUUUAAUAUUACAAUCAUUACUU